AUGGAUAUUCACAAUUAAAAUUGUAAAAAUAAUGCUGAAUUUCGAAAAAAAUAAGUUUAAAUAAAUCUGUAGGUGGCUCGUUUAUGUGAAAAAGCAUAUAUGAAAAAACAUUAAAUUCAUCUAAAAUAAGGAUUAACAUUGUAUUAGUGUUAGUAUUAUGAUAAACUAGUAUGAAUGAGAUGAGAAUGAGAAAAUAGAAAGGAAUAAAAUAAAGUGAAGAUACAAGAUAAGUUUAUUAAGAAUAUCGAGUGUUAAAAUUAUUGAUUAGUUAUGGAGAGAAGGUGGCUAAUUAAGAGUUAGAUGCAAAAUGUAUAAUAUCUAAUUGAGAUUUAGAUCAUUUGAUUACUCAAAAUGAAAUAAUGGCAGCAUAAUAAAGUAUUGAAGAUUAGAGUAUAUAGAAUUUAAUAGAGUAGAUGAAUAGAUUAAUUAAUUAAAGAUUAGACUAUUGUUAUAAAUGUAAAUAAAUAUGUAAUAGUAUUUAAAUAGCUAAGAUGUAAAAUUUUGGAAGCAUUUCAUUUCGAUUAAGUAAAUUUAGAUAAGAUAGUCCAAGAAGUAUUCCAGAUACAAAUAGGCUAAACUCUUUCUCAGAUUAUUUAAGUUUGAAGUAAGUUAAUUGAUAAGAAUAAGUUUUACAUUAAAUAAUGAUUAAUCUGGAUCUAUGAUAGGAUAAAAAUAGACAAUUCAUGCUAAAUCAUCAGUAUCAAUAAUGGGAAAAUUAAAGAAGAGUGGAAAGAUUAGUUAGUUUUUACAAAGAUAAUAAUCUACAAAAUCAAUACAAAAUAAUGAAGAAAAUGAAUAAGAAUAAUUAAGUAAUUUUUAAACAAAGAAAAAAAGUUGUUUUGCAUAGACUGCGAGUUCUGAAAGUGAUUUAGAUUUAAGUAUUGAAAAUUCUGAUUUAUAAAUUGAUACUAUUGAAUCUACUAAAUAGAUAGAAUUUGAAUAGGAUUGUUUUUUUGCAUCAGAAAAAGGAUAUUUUUCAGAUACAGAAAUAAUUAAAUUAGAUGCUGAAAAUAGAAAUCAAGAAAGAAAUAUUUGUUUAAAGGAUUUUUAAUUUAUUAGAUAAAUAGGUUAAGGUGCAUAUGGAGGAGUCUUUUAGGUGAAAAGAAUAGCAACUGGUGAUUAAUAUGCAUUAAAAAUUAUAAAUUGUUCUAAUCGACCUUUUGAGAGAUUAUUAACUUAAUUAAAAUAAGAGAGAAACAUAUUUGAGAUUUUGACAGGAGAAUAUGUUGCAAAAGCAUUUUAUUCAUUUUAACAUUAAUCAUCAUUGUGUUUUGUAUAAGAAUUCAUGGUUGGAGGAGAUUUUGCUAAAAUAUUGAUGAUUGAAGGAGUAUUUUAAUUAAUAAUUAAUAUAGGCAUUUGAUGAGAAUAUAGCAAGACAUUAUUUUGCUGAAAUUCUUCUUGCUCUUGAAUAUCUUCAUAGUAAUAACAUAGUACAUAGAGAUUUAAAACCAGAAAAUAUAUUAUUAGAUUAAAAUGGACAUAUAAAAUUGGCUGAUUUUGGAUUGAGUGAAUUAGGAUUCAACAAAAUGAUGGUAAAUAGAAAAACUAGUCAAAGAGAUAUGAUGAAAUAAGAUUUAUCAUCAUCUCCUGGUUAUAUAAUUUAAAGAGGAGCAUCAUUUAAGAAAUCAAGAUCAACUAAUAGUUAAUGUGAAAAAGGAUCAGAAGAAGAACGUAGAAAAGUAGUCGGAACACCUGAUUAUAUAGCACCAGAAAUAAUCAAAGGACUUUCUUUUUCAAAUAAGACUUUGGAUUAUUGGUCAUUAGGAGUUAUUUUAUUUGAGUUUUUGGUUGGAAUACCUCCUUUCAAUGAUGAAUCUGUUGAUAAAAUAUUUUCUAAUAUAUUGGAAGGUAAAAUAGAAUGGCCAGAUAUUGGAGAUGAUCCUGAAACAUAAAUAUCAGAAUGUGUUUAUGAUUUACUUAAAUAAUUAUUGAAUCUUGAUUAUAAAUAAAGAAUAGGUUAUGAAUCUAUAGAAUAAAUAAAGAAACAUCCAUUUUUAAAUUCGAUAAAUUGGAAUAAAUUGAGAAAUUAAUAAGGACCAAUCAUACCAAGAAUAGCAUAAAAUACAUAAUAAUUCGAAAAUGUUUAAGAAAAAUUACAAAAGUUUUUAUAAAGAAGUGAAAGAAAACAUUCUUAGAUAGUUUAAAAAUUAUAAGAUGAAUUAGAAUAUUUGGAAAGAGUGGAUCUUUUAAUAGCAACAAAUGAAUAAGAAGUUAUUUAAAUUAAAUCAUAAUUUAAUUUAUGA